UACAACAACACUGCAAACAACAAUGGAAGAUAUGAAUUUUUGCACGACAACAUUAUAUAUAUUUUGAGCUUGGUUUCCUUUCACAGUGGUUCUGAGCAUCUGUAGUGGUCUUAUUUGCUCAUUGACCUUGUCUGUCUAUGUAAUGAGCUGUGUAUUCUUAAUCUGCAACACCUCUAGCUGCUUGACUUAACUUUCUACAGUUUCUGUUUGCUUAUUUCAGUCAGUAAUCUACUUCUGCCAUUUUAAUACCUGAUUUUCCUACUUGACUUUGAGUAUUUGUUUACUUUGAACUGGCUAUUAUGCUUGACCUUAUCUCUGGAAAUUCUGUUCUUUCAUACCUUACUAAUUCCUCUCACUGCUCUUUCUUCCUGGACACACGCAGGGAACUUCUAAAUACAGAUGAUCUAGUUUCAGAAAACACUCUCCAAACUUAACCAAUUAUUACUACAUCCUUGGCACAGUCUUCCUACAAAUGAACAAGCUGUUCAUACAAACAGGCACAUUUGGGGCUAACAAAGGCUAGUACUUUCGCAGAUUCUGACAGUGGAAAUAUGGAUGUGGUCAUAAAAGAUAAAAAUAUCACUUUCUGUAUUUGGGGAAACCUCAAGAAGAAUGCAAGAUUUAAAAAUCAUAUGUUUUGUGAUGCAGAAAAUGGAUUUGAUCUUCCAAAGACAGUGGCCACAAGUGAUGUUGCUGUCCGCAUCUUGCACACUCAUUAUGAUCAUAUUUCCCCACUACAACUCAUUCCCAAUCUGCAUUUAAAGGUGCAAGCCCCAGAAAGCAAACCAGAAUUAACUGUGCUUUAUGAUAUGAAAGAAGAAAAAGAAGAGGAACAAAAGAGUGGGGAAGACAGCAACCUGGUAAUUGAAAAGGAAUCUGAUGGAAGAAAGAGUGCCAUCUCUUUCAAAGACAGCACUAAAAUCGAUCCUGGUGAAAAUGAGAAGCUAGAAGAGGAAUCUGAGAAGAAAUCAGAAAAUGUUAGCACCAUUUCAGGAGUUCAGGUUGCACCACUGCAGGUGGCCACUGAUGAAAAAGAAGAAGAGAUAAUUGGCGAAAAUGUAGUUGAUUUGCACCAGUUCACACCAGUGGGUGGAGUGUACCUUAUUGAUGCACUGAAGCUCCCACCUCAAGCCAAACAAAUCAAAGGCUGGACCAUGGUGGAAUUACUCGAUGUAGGAUUGGAGACAUAUCCGUAUCCUCCAGAAUCAGAAGAAACUGAAGAUGCCACAUAUCCACGUAUAGGGGUGACUCUUAGACUUCUUGACAGUGUGAUAUUUUUUGAGGAACCUAUGGUUGCCAGAUGGGAUUCUGCAGGCAAACAAUGGCGAACUGAUGGUAUCAGUGACAUAAAGUACAAAAUGAAAGAGAAACAAAUCUCUUUUGAGAUGGAUGCUUUUUAUACAAUCACACUAAUUCAGGAUGCUCACCUCAAUAUGCCAUACCAGUCAUGGGAACUGAGACCUAAUGGCACAGAUGAAUUACUUUUCACGGUUGUUACAGCCUUUGCAGAAGUUCUAAUGCAAAUUAAGGGUAAUCAGUGUAUGCUGUCUUCAGUAAUUGUGGAUGGGAGUGAACAACUUUCCCACUUGACUGGAAAAUGGACAUCUCCAAUUGACCUGAUCAUUGCUUUGAAAAAGGCUGGUGUGAACAUUUUCCCAUCAGACUACUCUUACAAGUACGUCUGCGUGAACAAGAAGACUCCACUAGCAGAAGUCACAACUUAUCAACAGAUGGCGCUGGUUGCAUCUGCUUUUGCUUUCAGUUGGAGCAAGUGGAAUCUGGCAUCUGGUCAAGAUCAAGUAGUUUUUAAGGUGAGCGAACACCUUAAAACAGAUGCUGUUAAAGAUGAAGACUGGUCCCUUUACAUGUUUAAUGGUCAGCGAGCACAAAGGCUCAGAAUCAGUGAAACUAGUGAAGCCUUCUCAGAAGAUCUGGCAGAAAAUACUGAAUUUCAUUCUACUCUCUACCAUCUGAUCAAAGAUUUUGCCAGUGAAGAAGCAAUUGAAAAAGUAAAGAAAGCCAGUUGCCUAUUUAUUGAUGCUAUAUCUCAGCUGCUCAUUGCUACUAGAGUGUUAACAUACUCUUAAGCCAGUAUUUUAAAUUAACUUUAUUGAGCAUCAAGAACUCGGUCAAUAAAAUUACAUUUGAUGUCUGUCAUUUCACAUGCAAAUCAAAACAGCUUUUUAAAUGCCUAAAAAUGCAUAAAAGUUGUUUUUGUGAAUAAAAUUCUUUACUUUCUAGUAACUACACAUUUAGACCCAUUUAUUACAAACUUCAAAAGGAGAGAUGGCUAUUUUUUUAAGUUCUAAUCUUAAACAGGAUUCAGACAUUUGGGAAGAUCGUCUUCUAUUGUCAGAGGGGGAAGUUGUAUUUCCAAAUCGUGCUUCAAAAUGUUUUACCAUUGAAAGUUAAGUAUAGUCUAAAAAGCUUCAAAAUAAAUGAUUUUAAAUAUGCUACCUCAAAUCAUAUUAGAAAGUUAAAGUAAUUCUAGACUUGAGAGCUAUGUUUACACUAGUUUAUAUAACACAAAUUGAGUC